GUGGAUGGAAUAUAUAAAGUAAAUAAUCUACAUACGUGACACAGUUCCUUCAUAGUAACCUGUUGAUCACGACUCUCACAAAAUGAAUAAAUUUCUGGCCAUCGCUGUUGUCCUGUCUGUGGGAGCGGUAUUGGUGUUAUCUGAGAGAUGCAAACACUACUCUGACUGCACAAACACACAGUGUAUGGGAAAUGGAACCAGUCAUAUUGUGUGUGAACACGACGCAUGCACAUGUAUAUCUCAUCUGUCUUGUGAUGACGUAGCAGACUGUACUAACGCUGGACAAUGCCACAAACGUGAUAACCAUUACCACUGUGUAGACCACAUAUGCCUCUGCCUUAAAGACGAUGUAAUUGACAAACCAGGAAAUUAAUAUCAUCUACAGACUUAUUAAUAUUUAAUAAAAUGUGAAAAUUU